AUAAACUAAAAAUUUUGUUGGAAUGGUGGACCAUACGCAUUUAUUUAGGAUAAGCAGUACAGAAGUAUCCUACAUAUAUAUAUAUAUAGUUGGUUUUGAGUGAUCAAUAAUUGUUAAUUAAAGUAUUAGAAAUUUAAAAGAAAAGGUAAGAAAAUGGAAGAAAGCAAUGAAGUUGAUUAUUAUAAGCCUCAUCAUCACUUCGUUCUGGUUCACGGGGCGUGCCAUGGGGCAUGGAGCUGGUACAAGCUGAAGCCGCUGCUGAAGGCGGCCGGCCACCGCGUUACGGCACUUGAUCUGGCGGCUUCAGGCAUCAACAUGAAGAGUAUUAAAGAUGUUCACUCAAUGUUGGACUAUUCUCAGCCACUUUUGGACCUAAUGGCUUCUCUUGAUCCGGAAGAAAAGGUCGUCCUAGUCGGCCAUAGCCUUGGAGGACUCAAUAUAGCCAUGGCUAUGGAGAAUUUCCCUCACAAAAUUUCAGUUGCCGUUUUCUUAACGGCGUUUAUGCCUGACACCGUUAAUCAACCAUCCUAUGUUCUAGAUCAGUAUUGUGAAAGGAGUCCACCAAGUGGAUGGCUAGACACAGAGUUUGGGCCAAUUGAAACCCCAAAAGGACCACUCACAUCAAUGUUUUUUGGUCCAGACUUCAUUUCUACCAAACUCUAUCAACUAACCCCAAAGGAGGAUCUUGAGUUGGCUAUGAGUUUGACAAGGCCAGGGUCACUGUUCAUUGAAGACUUGUGCAAAGCAAAGAAAUUAUCUGAAAAUUCAUAUGGGUCAGUUCCUAUAGUUUUUGUCAUUUGUGACCAAGACUUGGGAAUACCACUAGAAUUUCAGAAAUGGAUGAUCCAAAACGGUGGCGUUUCGGACGUUGUGGAGAUUCAAGGAGCGGAUCACAUGCCAAUGUUUUCCAAGCCUAAACAAACUUGUGAUGUUUUGGUGAACAUUGCAUCUAAAUUUGCUUAAUAUUACAGUUAUUAAAAAUGAGCUUGUUUUAAUCAUCACUUCUUUUUCUGUUUUUCUUAAAUUCUACCAAUAAAUUUUAAGUACAAUACAUAUGUAUACUUUGGAGAUGAAAAGUGAUUAUUGUUAAAAUUUUAUAUUUUAUAA